AUGCUGGCCCCCAUCCCGCACAUCCAUCCCAUACUAAUACACGCCUUUGCCUCCCUCCCCAAGGGAACUCCCAUACAUGAUGAACGCCACCUUGUUCACUUACGAGGUGACUUUAAGGAGCGUCGGAAGUCUUACUUGACUCGACUUUCUGCAGAGCAAAUGUCCAGGAUGGAGCUGACAUGCAAGUCGGGGAGAAUGGGUGAGGUAUCAGAGGAGCAGGACUCAUAUCUGAGCAGCAUCAAGCGGUGGGACGGUAUUUCACGGUCGAGCGCUCCAUGGGACUACCUCAGAAGGGAUGAGCAGGACCCCGAGCUAUGGUACCGCAAUGGUAAUUGCACAGUUCAUCUGUAUGGCCAGGGCCAAUCCCGCCGGGGCCCGGCCUUCAAGGUUCCUUUCUCUGAUCUCCUUGCGGCAAAUUGCUUCCCUCUCGUCCAGAGGUUUAUUGCUCGUGACACUCCCGAUUCGCCGAGCUUUGACAGCGAAGCAUCGCCCUCAGACCUGGAGCUUUGGAGUGACGCCAAUCCGACCGGGAGGGUCGAGCUCUUCAUCCCAGCGCCCGAAGGCGCUGACCGGCACCAGGCACUACGCUACCAUCUGGCGACAAGAAACUUCUUCGCAUGGGUCUUCCGCCGCUCAGUCGUGGGUGAGAGCCUAGGCGAUGCGCUGGUCGCCCUGCUCAACAGCAUGCACGAGUGUCGGUCGGCAGAUGUCGACAAUGUGGAGGACUUGAUGUACUACUGCGACGAAGAGGGAUACUUUGACUUCUCCAACCAGCCGGGCCACUCUCUCGCCAUUCUGAACUUGGCAGAGACCUUUCGAUUGCGUGAUCUCUACAUCGACGCGUUUGCGCAUUGCGUGGGCAUGAGUGAUAACCUGUAUCGCUCACCUGAAUACCUGCAAAUUACAUCUGCAUCCCGAAAACUCAUCCGCGAAGCUCGCAUAGAGAUGAUCUCCAGGCUUGGUCACUGCGGAUCGUUACUACGGACAUUCCUGGAGGAUGACCUCUCCGAGACCCAUAUCAGCCUCGCGCCUGGUGCGAGGGCACACCUCGAACGGUUCAGGAGUUUUCUCCUGGGCUUCUACGCCAGCAAGUUGGGCUACUACCCACCCAGCCGGGCGAGCUUUCGGAGCACAACGUUCGAGGCUCAGAUCAACCAGACCAUGGCCAGGGACUUCGAGUCACUGUACUACCUUCUUGUUGACCAAGGGUUCACAAAGCAGAGAAGCCCCACGCUGGCUCAGUCUGGGGGGAUCUGCGUCUUGCAAAGCGUCGAGUCCUUCGACAGGCGUCACAACUUCAAGAGCCUCGAUCACCCGCUGCCGCUGCUCCCUGAAGGAGAGCCAGCAGCCCCAUCAAAGCGCAUGUCGUGGAUGCCUACCCGGUCCUGGUCGACUAGGGGGCGCGUCGACCCGCGCCAGGCCGCUCACACUGCGCUGGUCAGCGCGACGAACAAGGCCAACCUCAACAUCCUGAACAAUGACCUCGUCCGCGCCUACCGCAAGUUCGAGGAGGACUCCGUCUUUCGGCCUCUCCGCUCCGAUCGCCUCGAGAAGAUCUCCCUGGUCGACGCCCGCAAGGUCCGAUGGAUUCUCGUCUACGCGGUGCACCAGACGCUGCGCUGCUGCACCGCCGUCCCUCCAGAGGUCUGCGACGUAGACGGCGCGCCGUAUCACCUCGCCAUCUCGACCGCCGCGCUGCCGCCGUGGGGCGAUCAAGAGCCUGUGCGACGGCCUGCGCGUAGCCUAUCCCGUCCCAUGCAUCGCUCCAAUAGCUCUCUCGGUCUGCCGCUCCAAGCACCCGUCACGCCUCCGGUCCAGCCCCAGCGUAUGUCGACGUACGAGAUCAAGCCGGACAUCGACUACUUUGCGCUCACACACCCCGAGGUGCCCGAGCGCUCGAGCUCCAGGUUCUUCCGGCAGGGCGGCCCGUCCGCCAUCCCGUCUCGCAGGCAGAGCCUGACGCGCGAGCUCCUCCACAACGUCUCGGUCCGGCGUCCGCUGAGGAUCUUCCGCAGCAACCCCUCCCUCAGGCUGUCCCAGCCCCCGGCGCCGCGGUGUAGCGUCGCGGCCCUCAAGGCGGCGCUGCAGGAGGAGGAGGCCGUCCUGCCGGCCGUGGGCAUCAUCAAGACGAACCGCUCGCCGUCCACGUCGUCGUCGGCGUCGUCGUCGGGCUCGGCCUCGACGGCCGACAGCUGCGGCGGCCGCACCGCGAGCAGCGGCUCGCGCUGCUGCUCCGGCUCGUCAUCGUCGGACAUGCUCUCGGGCCCGCAGAGCCCGCUGACGGACUACUCGGCGUCGUCGCCUGUGCUGCAGUACUUCCCCGACGAGAAGGCCCUGGCCAUGGUCGCUGACGGGGUGGUGAGGGAGGCAGCAGGCCAGCAGCAGCAGACGCCGCCUCCGGUGCGGCGGAGGACGUCUUCGGGCAGCGAGACGGACGGGAGCUUUUACUCUGCGCAAGGAGGCGAUGAUGAUGAGGGGCUGGGCAGUCGUGAGGUGGAUUCUCCGCCGCCGCCGGCGAUCCCGGCCCGGAGCAGGCGGCGCGAUAGCAGGCUUUUCAGCGUCUACAGCGGGUCAUCGCCCGAGAUGCGCAAUGUGGAACUGAAGCCGCUGCCCCUGAGGAUUAGGAAGGACGGCGGCGGCGGUAGCGGCUCAGCGGUUAGCUUGAUGCCUACUGUGGAGGAGUACGGUGGUGACUCGGAGGAGUGGGAGCGGUUUGCUGAUCUUGGCGGGCUGAGGCCGGUUGCUGUGCCGCCUGUCUAA